GAUACAUACCCAAGCCUAAACACUUCUCUAAAACAAUAAAACGAGGAUGAAGAUGGUAAUAAUAAUAAUAAGCUUUGUAAGCAUAUUAUUGCCAUUGUGCAUAGUAAAUGCGGUACAAGAGUCUCCAGAAGAGUAUUUGGAAAUCCAUAAUGAUGCACGAGCAAGCGUUGGGGUUCCUCCGCUGAAGUGGGAUGUGAAAUUAGCAAAAGAAGCUCAAAAGCAUUUGAAUAAACUCAUCCAAAAUUGUCUCAAGGGGAAACUUCAGCCAAUCCCAAGCCCUUACGGCCAGAAUGCUUUGUGGAAUAUGGCAUCCGAUCCCUUUACGGGAGCAAAAGCGGUGGCAUGGUGGAUUGCCGAGAAAAAGUACUACGACCAUAAAUCCAAUUCGUGCAUUGGUGGUAAUUGUAAAUGCUACACUCAGGUUGUUUGGAGAAACACUACUCAUGUUGGGUGUGCUAGUGUUAAGUGCGAUAAAUGCCAAAUGAGAUGCACCCGUGUUGUUUGUCUUUAUAGUCCUUCAGGAAACGUUGAUGGUGUACGUCCUUACUAGUUAAUUAAACUACUUUUAUUACGUAUACAAUAAAAUUGGCUAUUAAAAUUGAAUAAUGCUACGUAGCUAAAAUUAAAUGUAAAUCAAAUUUUAUAUUUUUU